AUUAUCAUAAAUUUUGUUUAAUUUCAAAAAAAACAUUUUUAAUUUUUACUGCAAAUUUAACCCAAAAAUUCACCUGAUUUUUGUUCAAUCUUCUCCUUCCUCUUUCCCUCUAUUUGCUCUCUGCUGUUUGUUUCUCAUUUUACCUUAGUGUUUUACAUAAAAUUACAUUUAUAACCUGAUUUACUAUCAAAUGUGUAAACUGUUUUAUUCUUAUAAUUUGUAUUGAUCGGUAAUGGCCAUAAAGCUCUCCUCUAAGGAAGCAAAUAAAAGAGUUUUCCUCAAUAUUUUUAAUUUAACAACCUACCCGGUUGAUUUGAUAUGGAUUGAUUAUCAAGGGAAUGAACAAAUAUAUGCAACAUUGGUGGGAGGAACACGUAUAGACGUCGACACAUUUGAAACGCAUCCUUGGAUAUUCCGAGAAUCUCGUACCAAGAGACAGUUAGCUGUUUUUGAAGGAACACCAGGUUAUCCGAAGAAAGUCUUACUACCUAAAACAUACAAGCCAACCACUAGAAAACCUGUAUUUAUCACCAAUCCAAUCGAAAAUCUUCGUGACAUUUGUUUUCUGGCAUUGAAAAGAACGCUUGCAUUGAAGAGGAAAACGGAAAACUUAGAACCAUUCGAUUUACCUUUGGAAUUGAAAACAGGCUAUGAAAUAUUCUUGAAACGCUGCGUUGCUUUAUAACAACAAUAGUGUUUUUAGCUUGAUAUUUAUACUUUAAAUUAUUUUUUACCCAAUAUUUUGAAUUUGCAUUUUCCUAGUUUUGGAUUUUUGGCCUUCUUUUUUACCUAUUAUUUGUUAUAAUGUUUGACCCUCUAGAAUACCAGGAAGGAUCAGUUCCCUCCUUAUUUAAAUCCUUUUCUGCUUCAGCUUUACUGAAUUUACUUGAGCAAGUAUCUGGUGAACAGAAAGAUCUUGUUAUUAGUCCUAGCCUUAUACAACCGUUUGAUAUGAUCAUAAAUUUUUCCAAGUUAAAGGAAAAAGGUGUCCGAAAAAUAUUCAAAUUGGAAGAUGGUCCCACUGAUGGUGUCUUGGAAAGGCGUCUAUUUAUUGCUAAUAAUGAUGCAGCAUCUACUCGUAUUAUUUGCAAUCAGAUUAAUGCUGAGAAAAAUCAAAGACCAACAGCCAAAUAUUGGAUUGCUUUUGUUCCAAAAAUUACUAAAGUAUGCGAUCUCUUACUCGAAGAGCAAGGAGUUUAUGGUUACGUUCAUAUUUUGGAACUUCCAUUGAGUUUUAUUCCACUCGAUACUGACCUUUUUUCAUUAGAACAAGAAAGUAUACAUGAUAUGCUCUAUCUUAGAAAAAACCAAACUGCAAUAUCAAAUAUUUCAAGAGCUAUUCAGCAGCUCUUUUCUAUUCUUGGUGGAUGUGCAAAGUUUACUGGAGUCGGUAAAUCAACUCAUAUGGCAUUUAAAUUGUCCGACGUUAAUGGCUUGGCUAAUGGAGUUGCACGUCCGAAAAUUGAUCAUCUCAUUGCAAUCGAUCGAGAAGUCGACUAUUAUUCUCUCCUUCUAUCAUCUUUAAAUUAUCAAGGAUUAUUAGAUGAGACUUUUCAAAUUAAAUGUGCUAAAAUUGAAAUACCAAGUGAUAUUGCUGCCAAAGAAGGUGUUCAAUUGCGCAAAUAUUUAGCUCAAAGCUCAGAUCCAAUAUUUAAACAUAUUAGGGACAGCCAUCUGUCCAUUGCAUCGGCUGAUCUCAAACGAAUUGCUGCAGAAUUGAAAGAUAACAUGCCGAAAAGUCAAGAGAUGAGCAUUCAAGAGAUGAAAGAUUUUAUCCAAAAAGAGCUGAAGAACAAAAAAGCCUCACAAAGAGCUCUUAAGCUUCAUAUUUCAUUGUGUGAAAUCAUAAUGGAAAAAAAGAAAGAGAAUGAAUUUGGACGGCUAUUGACUCUUGAACGUAACAUCAUGGAAGGAGCUGAAUAUCGUGAUUGUGUAAAUCAGUUGGAAGAGUUGAUUAUCUGUCAAAAAUCUCCUCUCAUUGCUUUGAGAUUAUUGUGCCUUCUUUCCCUGAGCAACGAUGGAAUAGCUUAUAAAGAUUACCAUCAACUAAUGAAACUGUUUCUUCACAGUUAUGGCCAUCAACACUUGAUUACUAUUUGCAAUCUGAACAGACUUAAAUUACUAUAUAGACAAGGAAAUAAAAGCCUUCUGUCAAGUCCCAACACAUCAAUGACCAAUGUAAUUAACCAGAGUAAGGCUGCUGCAAUGUCUGCUCUUCCUAAGCGAUCUCAACUUCGUAAUUUGGUAAGAAAAUUUAAUCUCACUCCUGAACCAUCAGCUGAAUCCAACUCAAAAGACGCUAGUUUUGUUUUCGGUGGUAAUUUUGUUCCAAUCGUUUACCGUAUCACCGAAAGUGUUUUAAAUGGUUCCUGGGUAUCCUUGAAAGAGCAGCUUUCUCCUUUAUCCAAAUUUAUAACUACUUCAUCGUUUACCGAGAAAACAACCGGCGGAGCUAAACCUGUUAUCGCUGUUCUAAUGAUUGGUGGAAUAACUUAUGCCGAAGUUUCUGCUCUUAGAUUUUUAAGUCAACAGAAAAAUUUUGAUCUUAUCAUUCUAACCACUAACAUGGUUAAUGGGGAUAAAUUUCUAACCAACCUAAUGGCUCCAUAAUCAAAUCGAAAAGAUUUCUCAUCAAAUGCGAAUCUAAUGUGAAUUUUUUUUAUUCCAAUCUUUACUUUUAAAAAGCAAAGAAAAAACAACCUGGACUUAUCAUGAUGAUUUUUUAUGCGAUUUAUCCUUUAUAAAAUCUGUUUACUGCCAUAAAUUGUGUAAAAGUUAACUUUUUUGCCAUAAAUUAUGGAUUGAUUGUUUUAACACAAACAAAUAAAAUCGAUAAACCUAUUUAGUUAAAUAUGCGAAAGUAAAUUGAGUUGACAUGCGAGUUUUGAAAAGAUACUCGUUUCUACCUUUCGAUUGUUUUUUAGUUUAAGAAAAUAAAUUGUAAUGAUUUUCUCCUUUUAUUAUACAUGA